UUUACUACCAGCACCACCAACCAGGCUUCUGUGUCUUUCUCCCGGAAGAUUUAGCCAAAGACACGUAACUCUGCAUAGAGAGACAAAAAAAAAACAUGGGUUUUGAAAAGGGAACGUCUUUGUUGGAAGAUUUGAUAGAAAAAGCUGGAGGAUGUGCUGUAAUGGAUGGGGGUUUCGCUACUCAACUUGAGAGCCAUGGUGCUUCCAUUAAUGACCCUCUUUGGAGCGCUUUUUGCUUGAUCAAAGACCCUCACCUUAUCAAGCGGGUUCAUCUGGAGUAUCUGGAGGCUGGUGCAGAUAUCUUGGUUACUUCAUCUUAUCAGGCCACUAUUCCUGGAUUUCUUUCCAGGGGAUUGUCCCUUGAAGAGGCAGAGACAUUGCUAAAGAAGAGUGUCAAAUUGGCCGAGGAAGCUCGUGAUAAGUUCUGGGACGAUACACGAAAUGUUCCUGGGAAUCGCUACAACCGAGCUUUGGUAGCAGCAUCGAUCGGAAGUUAUGGAGCAUAUCUGGCCGACGGUUCUGAAUACAGUGGUUGUUAUGGACCUGAUGUAAGUCUGGAUAAGCUGAAAGAUUUUCACCGGCGCAGACUGCGAGUUCUCGUCGAAGCAGGUCCGGAUUUGCUUGCCUUUGAGACCAUUCCGAAUAAACUCGAAGCUCAGGCCUGUGUUGAGUUGCUGGAGGAAGAAAACAUUCAAAUCCCAUCGUGGAUCUGCUUCAGUUCGGUCGACGGCGAGAAUGCCCCGUCCGGAGAGAGUUUCAAGGAGUGCUUCGAUGCAUUAAACAAGAGCACGAAAGUAAACGCAAUUGGAAUAAAUUGUGCACCUCCCCAUUUCAUUGAAAGCCUUCUCUGCAAAUUUAAGGAGUUGACGACCAAGGCCAUCGUUGUUUAUCCGAAUAGCGGUGACAUAUGGGACGGUAGAGCUAAGAAAUGGAAGCCAUCAAAGUGCUUCAGUGAUGACACAUUCGAGUUAGUUGCACCGAGAUGGCGUGACCUUGGAGCUAAAGUUAUAGGGGGGUGCUGUCGGACAACACCAUCCACGAUUCGAGCCAUAUCAAAGGCUCUGAAAGAAACGCCUUAGCGAGUUAAGAAGGGU